GACGUUUUAACGGUGCGCCGAGCUCCAGCCACUGUUGUGAUUCGGCUAAAGACAGGACAAACAGAGAAACUCCCAGUGAAGCAGCUGAGAUCCACGUGACACUAUUAUAAAGAUGGCGUUUAUUAAAGAGGAGAGUGAAGACUUGAAGAUUGAAGAAACAUUCAGUGUGAAACAUGAAGAGACUGAAGAACAAACAGACCUGAUGCCACCGAAAGAGGAGUGUGAAAACCUGAAAGAAAAUGAAGAGAAAGAGCAGCAUGAGAAACAUCCUAAUUUCAUAACUGGAGAAAAGUCUUUUAGUUACUCACAGACUGAAAAGAAUUCCUCUCGAAAUAUAGCUCAAAAGACAGGAACUAGUAAUUCUUUAACUUGCUUUAUAUGUGUAAAGAGUUUCAGUCGUCAUGGAAACCUUAAAGUCCACAUGAGAAUUCACAAUGGAGAGAAGCCUUUCACCUGCCAACAGUGUGGAGUAAGUUUCACUCAGAAUGGACACCUUAAAGUCCACAUGAAAAUUCACAAUGAAGAGAAGCCUUACACCUGCCAACAGUGUGGAGUAAGUUUCAGAAAGGAACAAACCCUUAGUUAUCACUUAAGCAUUCACGCUGGAGAGAAGCCGUUCACAUGUGAUCAGUGUGGAAAGAGAUUCACUCGUAAAGUAAACCUUUAUAACCAUUUCAGGACUCACUCAAGAGAGAACUGUUGUCAUCAGUGUGGAAAGAGCUUCCCAGACAUGAACCGCCUUACCAGGCACAUGAAAAUUCACACUGGAGAGAAGCCUUUCGAAUGCCAUGAGUGUGGAAAAAGUUUCACUCAACAAGGAACCCUGAACAUCCACAUGAGAAUUCACUCUGGAGAGAAGCCUUACACAUGCCCUCAAUGUGGAAAGAGUUUCACUGUAAAAGGUCACCUUAAAUCCCAUGUGAGAAUUCAUACAGGAGAGAAGCCUUACAGCUGCCAACACUGUGAAAAAAGUUUCACUGAAAAAGGAAGCCUUGUAAGGCACUUGAGAAUUCACAAUGGAAAGAAGCCUUUUACCUGCAAAUUCUGUGGAAAGAAUUUCACCGAAACAGGACACCUUGAAAUCCACAUGAGAAUUCACACUGGAGAGAAGCCUUUCACCUGCCAACAGUGUGGAAAGAGUUUCACUCAAAAAGGAAACCUUAACGUUCACAUGAGAAUUCACACUGGAGAGAAGCCUUUCACCUGCCAACAGUGUGGAAAAAGAUUCACUGAAAAAGGAACCCUUAAAAGGCACAUGAGAAUUCACACUGGAGAAAAGCUGUUGACCUGCAGUGAUGAAUAAGUUUCACCCAAAAAGGAAACCUUGAAGUCCACAUGAGAAUUCGCUUUGGAAAGUGUGUCCUUAGACCUGUAAACUGUGUGGGAAGAACAUUUCUUGAGAGAAAGUCUUCAGACAUGAGUUCACGUCAGUUAUACAUGUAAAGAAACCCUUAUUUGCAACAUAAGGAUUUACGAUGUCGUAAGUGAGAAAGAAGUUCACAGAAUAGAAACA